GGAAUACGAGUGGGGAUUAAGAUCAUGAGUAGUACAUAUAAGUCAUUACUCAAUUGUUUUAUUUCAGUUUGAACACAGCCAGACAGAGAAACAACAAUAAAAACCAGAAUAAAGCAUGAAGUCGUUACUUCUGGCACUCGGCCUAUCAAUAGUUUGCAGUGUGAACUCAUCACCAGUAACAAAGUUUGAUGUCGACAAAAACCAAUUAACGAACAAUCAUACACCAAAUUUUGGAGAUGCUGACAAAUAUUGCCAAUUGUGCCUUAAUGUGAUAAGCGGUUCAGAAAAGAUAAAUGAAUUGCCUGAAGAUAUGCGGGCACAGUUCGCUGUCGACACAGUGAGAUAUGUAUGUUAUUUUAUUGAUGAGUCAGACCUGAAACAGAAAUGCCACGAUUAUGUUAAUUCACAUGUGGACGACAUUCCAAAAGCGCUUCUGAUUGAUAAAAUAACACCAUGGGCAAUGUGCGUCAAUAUGACAUUGUGCGGAUCGAAUUCCACUGCAGAUGAUCUGAGUCAAAUCAAUAUUCCGCUUGAGUUUUCUGAAUCAAAUCCGGUGAAAAAUAAUAAUGGUGACGAUGCCAAUGAUAAGCCAAUCGGAGGCAAUCAAUGUACAUGGGGUCCAGCAUAUUGGUGUUCAUCCAAACAAGCUAUGGAAAAAUGCAAUACAUUUGACUAUUGUAAUAAAUGGGCUGUCAUCAAAGAUUCUACUUUUGGCCAACAUAAAAUUAUUUAAAGUGUUAACCGAUCAUUUGAAAUAAAAUUAUUAAAUACCAUUUUCCGUUUUAUCUUUAUCAUUGGUCUAACCAAUUUGGUUAUAGCUAAUUUGAACAUUUUGAAUGAAAU